UCUCACAAGCAACAACGACUCAGAGCACAUGGUGGCCAUGAUCUCCAUGAAGGCUACGCUGCAGCAACUGGAAGUCGAGGAAGAGCUGCAAAUACCUGAGCAUGGCUGGAUUACUAUGCGUGUAGCCGAUGCAUCGCUGUGGUCAACGCUCUACGCUGUUGUGAACGGCUCGGUGGUGGACUUCUACUACGACGACAUCAAUUUGCCAAACAAACCUAAGAAGAAGCUCUCACUGGACAUCUCCACAUAUAUUGCGGCGAUUGAGAUUGAGAAGAGCACGUGUAUAAAGAACGGCUUCAAACUGCUGCCACGGCCCGAUUGCAACAGCGAGGUCGAAGGAUGUGCCGGGCCGUUAGAAUUCCGAGCGGAGUCCAAACGCGAGAAGAUGGAAUGGCAACUCUGCUUCCAAGAAAUCCUGAAGAACUGCAACGACGGCUGA